UCAAAUCAAUCGUCACCGUCCGAUUCCUUUCACCACAGAAAUAUCAACCAUCCCCGCCAUGUCCAAACACAUCCAAUUCUCACUCUUCACACUUCAACCCUCUUCUAACACACUCACCCUGACACCAUAGUCUUUUCUGACUUCUCUUUUUUUAAGAAAAAAAAAUAAUAAAAAAGUUCUCCAAUUUUUGGAGACUCUCAACCGAUCUCGAUGGAGGAAAGGAGCGUGAGGAGGACGCGCCAGGUGGACGUGGUGAUGGACUGCGUGAUUCCGUACAUCGAUGACCCGAAAGACCGCGACGCCGUGUCUCAGGUGUGUCGGCGGUGGUACGAGCUCGAUUCCAUGACACGUAAGCACGUCACCAUCGCGCUAUGCUACACCACCACGCCGGACCGCCUCAGGCGGCGGUUCCCUCACCUGGAGUCUCUGAAGCUGAAGGGGAAGCCUAGGGCGGCGAUGUUCAACCUCAUACCGGAGGAUUGGGGCGGUCACGUGACGCCUUGGGUGACGGAGAUCUCGCAGCACUUUGGAUGCCUCAGGAGCCUCCAUUUCCGGCGCAUGAUUGUUAAGGACUCCGAUCUUGAGGUUCUUGCUAAGUCACGUGGUCACGUGCUUCAAGCUCUGAAGCUUGAUAAGUGUUCUGGUUUCUCCACAGAUGGCCUUUUCUUUGUUGGCAGGUUUUGCAGGAAUUUAAGAGUCUUGUUUUUGGAGGAAAGCACAAUUGUUGAGAAAGAUGGUGAAUGGUUGCAUGAGCUUGCUUUAAAUAAUACGGUUCUUGAGUCACUCAAUUUUUACUUGACGGAAAUUGCGGCUGUAGGAAUUCAGGACCUUGAACUUAUAGCCAAAAAUUGCCCCAACUUAGUCUCCGUGAAAGUUACUGAUUCCGAAAUCUUGGAUCUUGUGAACUUCUUUCGCUAUGCUACUUCUCUAGAAGAAUUUUGUGGAGGUGCCUAUACUGAGGAACCAGAUAGGUACAAUGCUGUAACAUUACCAGCCAGGUUAUGCCGAUUGGGUUUGACAAAUAUUGAAAGCAAUGAGUUGCCAAUGGUGUUUGUUUAUGCAUCCAUACUAAAAAAGUUGGACCUCAUGUAUGCAAUGCUGGAUACAGAGGAUCAUUGCAAGUUAAUUGAAAAGUGCCCCAAUUUGGAAGUCCUCGAGUCAAGAAAUGUAAUUGGAGAUAGAGGAUUGGAGGUUCUUGCUCGCUGUUGUACAAAGUUAAAAAGGCUUAGGAUUGAUAGAGGUGAUGAUGAUCAAGGAAUGGAAGAUGAAGAUGGUGUUGUUUCCCAUAGAGGAUUAACUGCUUUGGCACAGGGAUGUCCAAAACUCGAAUAUUUGGCUGUUUAUGUAUCUGACAUCACAAAUGCAUGUUUGGAACAGAUUGGGACUCACUUGAGAAACCUUUGUGAUUUUCGCCUUGUCCUGCUUGAUCAUGAAGCAGAAAUAACCGAUUUGCCACUUGACAACGGAGUAAGGACUUUACUUAUGGGUUGUAACAAGCUUAGAAGAUUUGCUCUUUAUCUCCGACCCGGGGGCUUGACCGACCAAGGUCUUGGCUACAUUGGGCAAUACAGCCAAAAUGUAAGAUGGAUGCUACUUGGCUAUGUUGGACAGUCCGAUGCAGGGCUUUUGGAAUUCUCUAAGGGCUGUCCGAAUCUCCAGAAACUCGAAAUGAGAGGCUGUUCCUUUUUUAGUGAGCGUGCACUAGCCAUUGCUGCAAUGCGCCUGGCUUCUCUUAGGUACUUGUGGGUGCAAGGCUAUGGUGCCUCUUCUUCUGGACGCGAUCUUUUGGCUAUGGCUCGCCCCUUUUGGAAUAUCGAGUUGAUUCCUUCUAGACAUGUGGCGGUAAAUAAUAAUCCGGAAAUGCCAGUAAUCAUUGAGCAUCCGGCUCACAUUCUUGCAUAUUACUCUCUUGCGGGGCAAAGAGAUGAUUUUCCGGAUAGCGUUGUACCUUUGGAAUCCACGGUAUGUGCAUAAACCUUUUCUCACUCAUCUUUCCCCUUUCCAAGUUUGGCUUGUAACAACUUGCUCUAUUUGUAGUAUCAGGGGUUUUCAUUUUUCACUGCAGUUCCUAGACAAUAGUCUUUCAGUAAGGUUGUCUUCUUUCUUGUAAUUUUGAAACUCUUCUACCGUUCUACUGUUCUACCAACUCAGUAAUUCGGUUCCCUCUUAGCUGACGAUGCUCAAUUUUGUGAAUAAGAUGAUGCAAGAGUUAAUUUUUCCA